CCUGCAACUCUUCGAGGGCUGAGGGGUCCCGAACACCCUAACCCCUAAUCUUCCCCAAUCAGAGAUCUCACCAUUUUUUUUCCCUUAUUGUUUAUCGGUCGCCACAUACAUUUUCGUUUUCGCUCUGAUUGAUAAUCUUUAACCCUGAACAAAGCUGCCAAACAGUCAUCAAUGGAAGAAGGUAAAACUGCUGUUAAUCAAGAAACCCUAGAAGUUGUUGAUACACCCAGGGAAGAUUUUGGGAAGAUGCUUUAUGGAUGCGAACAUUACCGUAGACGGUGUAAACUCCUAGCCCCAUGCUGCAAUCAGAUUUUUACCUGCCGCCAUUGUCACAACGAGGCCACGAGCGCUCUGAGUAACCCCCACGAACUUGUGCGCCAAGAUGUCAAGCAAGUUAUUUGUGCAGUUUGCGAUACUGAGCAGCAGGCUGCUCAUGUCUGUUCAAAAUGCGGUGUCAAAAUGGGGGAAUAUUUCUGCAAGACUUGCAAGUUCUACGAUGAUGAUACAAAGAAGAAGCAGUUUCAUUGUGAUAAUUGUGGGAUUUGUAGAGUUGGUGGUCGAGAGAACUUUGAUCACUGCCAGAAGUGUGGAUCUUGCUAUUCAGUGAAUCUGCGUGAUAAUCACUUAUGCGUUGAAAAUUCUAUGAAGAACCACUGCCCCAUCUGUUAUGAGUUUCUUUUUGAUUCGGUCAAGAGCACUACAAUUAUGAAGUGUGGACACACAAUGCAUCUGGAAUGCUGUUCUGAGAUGAUUAAACAAAAUCAGUAUCGCUGUCCGAUCUGCUCCAAGUCAGCGUUCAACAUGUCAACCACCUGGGAAAGAUUAGAUCUGGAGAUUGAAGCUACUGCCAUGCCCGAGGAAUACCAUUAUGAGGUUCCAAUUCUCUGCAAUGAUUGCAACAUUACUAGCAAAGCAUUCUUUCACAUUUUUGGCCACAAGUGCAGCCACUGUAAAUCAUACAACACCCGGGUGAUUGCACCAGCAGAUAAUCAUCCUGACCAUGGGAAUGAAUCUGGAUAGUUUGAUGAAAUGACAAUGAUGCCACAUUGUAUCCUCCCUAAUUUGUUAUAGUACAUUUUGUUCCAGCAUAUGGGUCAUUUCCAUUUUACACACUAGAAAAUGUAUUGUGUAUUGAAAUAGUUUCUGCAGGUUUCUCCUUUCAGCUAGUCUCGUAGAAUUAGUUCAUGCUUCAAUUUUGUUUC